GAUGCGCAAGCGCGCGAGUGUACGCUACUUUUUACACUGUCGUCUGCACUUCGGUGCUUCAUAGUAAUUAUUUUACACAAGUACGCUUGUCUAUUAUUAAAUUGUGCUCUUACAUGAUAAAAUGAUACAGUGUUGAGUCACCAUUAGUGUCAACAAAUGAGAGUCUUUCUUCGAGGGAGAUAUAACUCGCUUAUUUUAUUGAGAUGCUGAUCGGGAAUGAAAACGAAGGUUAGGAUGAGAAGCAUCGUUAAUAUUUUGAAAAUGUUCGUUGCGUUUUUCUAUGAUUAUGCGCGCGGAUUAUCAUACACGAUCACCACAAUUCUGGUACUGGGUUACUGCUUACAUCCAGCUAGAUUCGCUUCGCAUUAUACUUUUAUAAAAACACAAGACAUCUACGAUGAAAUGGAAAGGUCUUAUCCCGCUAAAGACAACUCUUGUAUGAUAACGAUCAAUCCUAGAAGAUCAGCUCAGUUGCUGUAUCCCGAAGAACAUCCUCGAGAAGAUCCAGUGGCAAUGGCGCGUCGUUUAGGUAUAUUACCUGGAGGACAGUGGAAGCCUCUUAAUUGUCAUCCUCUCUUUAACGUAGCCAUCAUAUUGCCAUAUCGAAAUCGGCAAACACAACUUGCCAUCUUCAUGAAUUACAUUCACCCUUUUCUGCAAGCUCAGAAUCUCGAUUACAGAAUAUUUGUGAUAGAGCAAAGUCCUAUGCGCGAGUUCAAUCGUGCUAAGCUUUUUAAUGUCGGAUAUACAGAGGCAACCAAAGUAAACGAUUUUCACUGUUUCAUCUUUCAAGACAUAGAUCUUAUACCUCAGAAUCCUGACAAUAUUUAUGCUUGUACAAAAAUGCCUAGGCAUAUGAGUUCAAGCGUCAAUACAUUCCGUUAUAAUCUACCUUACACUGGCUUAUUUGGAGGCGCAAUUGCACUGACUCGCAAACAAUUUGAAAGAGUUAACGGAUUUUCCAAUGUUUUCUACGGAUGGGGUGGGGAAGAUGACGACUUUUAUAGUCGUUUACAAUCACGAGGUUUUCAGAUCAGUCGCUUUGGGCCUGACAUUGCCCAAUAUUACAUGUUAACACAUAAGAAAGAACCUCCAAGCAGUGCAAGAUUUGAAAAUUUAGAAACUAGUGCUAGAAGAUAUGAGACUGAUGGAAUUAGCAAUUUAGAGUACAGGGUUUUAAAUCAUCAAUUAAGGCCACUAUAUUCUUGGAUUUUAGCAGAUGUUUAGUCUUUGUGUGGUUUUUCUGUUAUUUUAUUGUUAUUUUAUAAAUAACCAUGACUUUGAAUGUUUAGUGCAAUUUAGACUAACAAUAAGAAAGCUCAUAUCUACAAACAAUUGUCCAGUGUAAUAUUGAACAAAGAUAAAUUUUGUAAAAGUUUUGUGACAAAAUGGUAAUGGAAGAAAUAAUCUGUUGAAUUUGUUAUAUCAACAGGUAUUCCAUGAUAUUUCCAUGAAAUAGUAGUAGUGCAUGUUACUAUUCUACGAGAUUGCCAUGAUAUUGAGACUUUUAUUUAUUAAUAGUCAGUUUACCGAACUGUUCAAAGUAAUUUAUUUAAACACUAAAUAACGUUGAUGUCGUGAGGUUUGUACAUGUACUUAGCAAACAUGUUUCCUAAAUUCCGUUCCUGUUUAAAUUGAUACAGUGCUUUACAAAAGUCAGUUUUUCAAGCAAGUGCAGGUUUAAUAGUACAAAACUUCUUUAUACAUACAGAGACUCGUAGUUUGUUCCUCUAGUGAUACGCCUAAAAAUCAAAGUAUUGAUAUAACCACGUCAAUUUGUCCCUAAUGUAUUCUUAACUUAGUUCUUUAAUACUCGGUGUGUUUGAGUAUUGCGUUUAUAUGGACUGAAAAGAAAAAGAAAAUGGCGUAAAUAUAUAAUUUCUUGUUUUUAAAUGUAGCGUCAACGUAACAUACGAGACGAUAAAUUAUUAAAUUAGAGUAAGUCCGCGUAUUAUUAAAUGUAAAAUGUAACCUAAGCAAUCGAUAUAUACAUAUAUAUGUUCGAAUUUAUAUUACUGGUCGUGAUUCAAAGUAUGUACUUUUAACUGGAUAAACAUAUACCGAAACAUAAGCAAAUUUUAAAGCUUGUACUUGUGUACGUCUAGAGAAAGAUCUAAUUACAGAGUAAAUUUCGAGUCACCGAAAAUAUUUCACUAUACAAGUACAAGUGUCUCAAUAUAAAUGAGAACAUAUGUAUUAGGGGUUUGAAAGAGCCAUGUACAACGAUAAAGUUGUUGUAAAUCGUGAUAUAUAAUUUUAUUUUAAAUACUUGGAACCACGUAACUAUUAUUUAUGUAUGUAUGUGCAUUUACAUAGUAUAGGUAUAAUUUGUAAUAGAAUUUGUGUUUGUAUAAUUUUAACUUUUACUUGAAAAAACGAGGAAUCUUUUUCAUAGUCAUAUUUAAAAGACAACAUAUCACUUUAUAUAAGUAUUUAAAUUUUCUAUCGAUUGAAAAAGCGAAACUAUAAGAGAUUUGAUUUCUUAGAAAGAAACACGAGUGUAUUUCAAGCAAUAAUGCUGCGUGUAUUUUUAUUAUCAUCUUUUAACCUAUCACUUAUUACAUGGGUUUUGGAUGUGUAAUUAAAAAAAUAACGGUAAAGUGUCAAAGUGAUUGUAGAAAUGUGUAUGUAUAACGAAGAAUGUGAUCUCAAAGUACGAUGUAAAUCGUAAUAAAAAGUAAGAUCGACGUGUAUAUGUAUGAGUAUAAAUAUAAUUCUCUCUUU